ACGAUUAACUUCGCCAUCCAGACUACUCUUGCGUCUCGUAUAUUUCGCCACCUACCUAGAUACCUUCUCAGCUAACGACAGCCGGUGACAUUUCAAUAUAUGCCUCCGACCCGAAGCGAAAUACCCGAGGCGCAUAUAGGAUACUUCAUAUCAUUAGUCCUCGUCGCCCAUAGCAAGUCAUCCUCUCGGUAGCAAGUAACGGCAAUCGCUACGCUCUUCGCUUUGAAAAUCCAACCCAUAUCAAGAGCCCUACGCUUCUUAGUUCCUAAUGGAAUCUUCACAAUUACCCUCAAAUGGCGACCGUCAAUCUCAGUCUCCCAACCGCGAAUCGACAAGCCCCAAGGGGAAACAUGAGAACACCCAGAGAGCCUCGCUAGCGACGGUUGCACAGCUUGACGAUGAUGGUAGAAGUUUCUACGAUACCUUAUUAACACCGUGGACAACGACUGUCGAGAGCGAUCACUUUACAAAAUGGACAGCAACAAAAGGUGGUAGCCAUAAUUCUCCUACCAACGUCCAGCAACCGCAAGCCUCCACAGCUACGACCACAGUUACGACCACGGUAUUGCAUGAAUAUCGGUUCGGAGCAAAAAAAAAGCAGGGUCGGAAUACGAUAACAUGGGGUAUGAAUAGACAUUCCGCACUCAGUUUAGCUAUGAGCCUGAGCGAGCGCGGCGCAGUAAAGAGUCCUGGCUCAAGCAGCUUGACGGAUAUACAGGCAGCCUCUCUCAAAUUACCCGAGUUGCGAACAACUCAGCCUAGCCAGGCAGACGAGAAGCCGGAGCUCCCACCAUUGAAACAGCUGAUCUGCGAGGCGAAGACUGCCAACAAGCGUAGGAAGCGAAAAGGUAAAAGAGAGGUAGGCGAACCCGCAAAUAAGAACUGCUUAGGGACACCGGAUCAAGAUAUGUCGCAAAACGGAUCUCUCAAUGGCUGCUCGUUACCGAAUAUGCAGGCGGCAAACCCCAACGACGAAGAUUUAAUUAGUCUAGCCGAAGUAGCAGUAAGCAGGUGUGAAGCGAUGAAAGUAUCAGAAGAGAAGAAAGCAGAUUUUCUUCUUGGGGUAACCGACCCUGAUAUUCAAAGCUUGCCGGGAGCCGCGGAUGUGGUAUCAUCUUUGAGUACAGAAAGUAAGAAGACAGCCACGAAGACAAUCUCCGAGAAGCAUAACGAGACUACGCAAGACAGCGCAUCCGAGGGUCUAAGUAAAGAUGAGACGCAACCAACUAGAUCUACGCGAGAGAAUAUCGAAUCCGUUGUUGUAGAAGAUACGUCUAGCACUAGGGAUAGUUUAUCCCAAGCGAAUACCCUCUACGAGUCGAUGUCGACGCGUGAGACUAGCCCAUCCAAUAACGAUAUCCAGGAAUCUUCGGAAGUCGGCCGGUCUAAGAAUAACACGCUACGAGGGCCGGAACAAGAUACGAAGAUGGAUGAGUCCGUCGAGAGAAAGGGAACUCCUCUCAAUGGAUGUAGUAAAAAGAGCGGAAGCCUAAAGGAUAAGACGGAAGAGGAGGAGGAAGCAAUUGCGGCCAAAGAGAGGAGAAAGAAAGAGAAGAAUACCAAGAAAAGAGAGAGAGAGAGAAGGAAGGCCAGGGAGCGAUGGGAGAACAAACAAAAGAUGGAAAGGGCUAAGCAAGAGCUCAAGGAAGCGAGGAGGACAGAGCAAGAAAGGUUGGAGCUGGAGAAGUUGGAGAAGUUGGAGGAGGUCAAGAAGGCGCAAAUCCGCGAGCUAAAGUACAGCGAGGGCAAAGCGGAAGUUGAGCAACCAGGUACGACUCGGGAACCGGAAUACGAGAUAGGUAUGGCCGAGAAACCGGGAGAUAAGGCUCGAGAGGACGAAGAGGUUCGUGAGCACGAUUACCCCGCGACCCAAAGAGAACAAGACCAGGUUAGCCGUGGUGAGGCUAGCCAUAGUGAGAUUCGGGCUGGAGGGAAAUGUGAAGAAUCCGAAAGCAUUAGGGAAUGGCUACAAGAGGUUAGGGAGCAUCAAGAGAAUAAGCCUCUAAAGAGCUACCAAAAUGACGACGAAAUAAAUCCGUCUCCUGUCCAAAAAGUCAACCGUGGGACCAAACUACCGGACCGGGAAAGGGAGGCAGAACCUAUCUUGACGACUUACGUUACGGAUGAGAGCAAGUCAAGAGAUCCAGAAGAAACAGAAGAGGUCAUUACAGGAAAAGUUCAAAAAUCUAGAAAUGAGGUGGACGAUGCUAAGAAAUUAUCUAACGGCGCACACAAUCAACUCGAGUAUCAGCAAAUAUCUGACCCUCAAUCCCCAUCAUCACCGACAGGCUUCGAGUUUAGAAAGCAGUCGUCGUCCCCUGGAUUUUCACAGCAACUUGAUAAACGACUAGACGCACCUCCUACUGAACUUCAGUACAGUGACCAACCCCAGCAGCGAAGACUUACAAUAUGCUCGUCCCAAAUCGAGCCUUCUCAGCCAUCGCUUAUCUCCCAACAGCCGGUUCAGCCUCAAACAUCCGAAGCACCUUGGUCUCAGUCUCAAAUGUCUCAACCACUUGAGGCGCCUCAGGCGUCUCAAGCUUUACUAGGCCUCCUUAGAGGACCAAAUUCCAAAGGAAAAGCGAAGCAGGCAUCACCGGAUGUCACGAUUGAUCGACCGUCCGAGGUCGAUACUCGACGGCAAUAUUUUGAAGUACAGUAUCCUCAACCUUCACAACCCCAGUACUAUAACGAGCCCAUGCCUCGAUGGCCUCAAUCAUUACCAAUUCCACAGGGCUAUAAUAGAGAUAGGACGGAUUUGUAUCGUAACGGCCAAAUGAAAGGAUGGACGCGGUCGCACCAGUCUAGACACGGUAGCCAGGAGAGUGAUUAUGCCAGCCGAGACUCCUCGACUGAUAGCCAAGGAAAUAGCAGCGGCAUGGCCACAUGCGGAUGUACUCGUGAGUCCACUGCCGGAUCUUCUCGUGGUCGAGCUAGCCCUCCAAACUUUCAACGUACAAACCGUGAAUUUGGCAAGGGAGACCGUCGAAGCAGACAAGAUAGAUAUGAAUCCGGGUUAACACGAUAUGAACUUGAGGACAUGGCUUGGGAAUUGAGUGUUAUCAGUCGGCGGGUGCAAGACAUCGGGUCUCGGUUGUGGUCUACGACAAGAAGGACUCGCGGUUCAGAAUAUUAAAGUGAAGGUUGCUAGAAAGUUGAAUUAGAGCGGGUGUAGGUGUUGCUAAGUUCUACAGGUACAUCAGCGUAUGAAUGAAUGAUACAAGUCUUUUUCAAAACACAGGAUAUUUGGGAUAAGUGCGUAGUGUUAAAAGGAAGAGGGAAUAGCCCCUUUUUGGUUAUGCGUCUAGGUUAAGGGAAGAUGAAGUAAUCGUCACACUACGGAGCAGUCUCGGCUAAUCAUCGGGGUUAAGAGGAACGGGAUGGGAGUACGUAAUACUAAGGAAAUAUGGAGAUGACCUAGUAAGUGGAAUGACGGAAGGUACCAACUGUACCUAGCUAACACCACCUAAGAUGUACAUAAUAAAAGCAAAGAUGACGGGAUGGAAUUCAUAAUA